CUCGUGCGCUGCGGAUCUUGAUCCCAAACCUCCCAACCGUCGGAAUCGUGUCCGCUACGGAAUCCGGAAGUGUGCUCCGUUAUCGCUCCCAUAUCGCGUGUGUAAUAAGAAGCCGAGACUCUGGCUGGAACCUGAUAAACGUGAUCACAAAGAGUGUCCGGUGUCGGCCGAGCCGUGGUUCCCACGGCGCCUCCCUCCAGGCGCCUUCACUCCCUAUCAGGCAGUCGAAUCAAACGACCGGCCAGUAUUGCGAUCGAUUGCGUGAUGUUAUGCAACUAGUACGAGCCACACUCCUCACCGUGCGUGACAACAGUGACGUCUUGGUGGUCUAGGCGAGUGUGCGCGCGCGCGCGUGUACGGAACCAUGUUUGCCAUUCUGCUCGGCUUAACGAUAGCAUUGUUGUGCGCUUAUCUCAUCAAUGAAUUUCGACGUCCCGCCAACUAUCCACCGGGACCUCCGUGGCUGCCAGUGGUGGGCAAUACACCGUACAUACGCAAACUUGCACGUCAGUACGGUGGACAGCACACGGUGUUCGAGCUGCUUGGCCAAACGUACCGCAGUGAUGUGAUCGGUUUGAAGCUAGGCCGCGAGUAUGUCGUCGUUGCGCUGAACUAUCCGGCCGUGAAUGAGGUGCACCGAAAUGAUGUGUUUUCUGGACGGCCAGAUAACUUCUUCAUCCGUUUGCGUACGAUGGGAACGAGGUUAGGAGUGACGUGCACCGAUGGAGCAUUCUGGGCGGAGCAUCGAAGCUUCGUCACGCGCCAUCUACGGCAGGCCGGAUACGGUCGACAACCGAUGCAGGUGCAGAUCCAGAACGAGCUGAACGAACUCGUGGACGUGAUACGCGAACGCCGCGAACAACCGAUCUGGCCCGCCUCGAUCCUCUCGACCAGUGUCAUCAACGUACUGUGGACGUUUGUGACCGGAGCAAGGAUACCGCGGAAUGAUGAUCGAUUGCAGCGUUUGCUGCGAUUGCUGCAGGAUCGCUCCAAAGCGUUCGACAUGUCGGGUGGUGUGCUGAGUCAGUUACCGUGGUUACGCUUUAUCGCACCGGAAUGGAGCGGUUACAAUCUGCUCCGUCGGUUCAAUCGUGAGCUGAAUGAGUUCUUUGCGCCAACCAUCGCCCAGCACCAUCAGGCGUACAGUGAGGAGCGAGCGGGUGACGAUCUGAUCUACGCGUACAUCAAGGAGAUGCACGAGCGAAAGGACGAUCCCGGGACAACGUUCACCGAUCUGCAGCUAACGAUGAUCAUACUGGACAUCUUCAUCGCUGGAGGGCAAACGACGAGCACGACGCUCGAUCUGGCCUUCAUGAUGAUGAUCGUGCGGCCCGACAUACAGGCACGGAUUCGGAAAGAGAUCGACGCCGCCCUGCAGGUGGAUGAACUACCUCAACAAGCGGAUCGAGCACAGCUCCCCUACACCGAGGCGUUUCUGCUGGAGGUCCAACGGUUCUUCCACAUCGUACCGGUCAGUGGACCCCGGCGAACGUUGGCCAACUGUACGCUCGGUGGCUACCGGAUACCGAAGAACACGACCAUCCUGAUCGGCCUCCGGACGGUGCACAUGGAUCGGGAGUACUGGGGCGAUCCGGAAGUGUUCCGCCCCGAGCGGUUCCUCGACGAUGGGCAGCAUACGCACACGGAUCGGUUAAUGUUUUUCGGAAUCGGAAAACGACGCUGUCUCGGGGAGGUUCUGGCACGCUCCUGUUUGUUUACGUUCUUCGUCGGGGUCAUGCAAAAGUUCGAUCUCGUACGGCCAUCGGAGGGAAACGGUGCGAUGGAACCGUCGAUCGUGCUCAAUCCGGGCAUCACUCUCUCACCGAAACCGUACGAAGUUGUGUUUCGAUCACGUUGUUAACAGGGCGUUGCAAAUGGAUAUAGAUUACUUAAGGUAUUCGCGAAGAUUCGAGCGGCAAAUCGGUAAAUCAAUCAAAAUUAACGAUACGGUGGAGGCGCCAGUACACUGUUGCGAUUGCAUACUUUCAGGAUUAUUACGAUCAGCAACUCAAGAGGAUCAAAAGCAGCAUAACGCGGUAGAAAGAAAAGAAUCACUAAAGUAGCUUUAGCAAAUAAACUAGAGAAACAGGGUGCAAUUCGUUGCCAUGGCCUAUAAAU